AAUGUGGCCCCGGAGCUCCGAGGGGCCUCCGGUACCCGACAGCACCUGGUGACGCGGUUCAGAGGAACAACACCGAGACCGAUGCUGAGCGGAGUCCCGGAGAAAUAGUUCAGAGAUGGUGGCAGACGACGGUCAUGUGGAGUAGCAGGAAACAGAGGCACGGACUUUCGGGGAUGCCACGGGCUGUCAACCUGCUGCCCGUCCUGCUGGCGCUCCUUGGAUAUGCGUUCGCAGGGCUGAGUAUCUGGCCCUCCCUCCACGUUGCCCUCAGCAACCCCAGUGUAUUUGUGGACUUCAUCACAAAAUCCAACAUCAGCACCGUCCGCAACACAAGCCUCUCACUGGUCAACAUGGAAACCAACACCACCAUUUACAGCAAGACUAUCCCCAACAACCAAUCGAACGGCAGUGUGGAGUUCGGCUGUUCCCACUUCCUGUAUGCAGGAACUUUCAGGUUCCUGCUCAUGCAGACCACCUACACUGUUGAUGCUCAUGGUGGUAGCAUAGAUGUGAGUAGCAAGGAGAGCACCUCCUGGUUGUGGAGUUCAGAGCUGCAGGUGCAGUGGCCUACCUUUCACAUUGCAGUUGAGAGGGCUGGAAACCACUCAGGAUCUUUUCAGGUUGGAAUAUCCACUAAUGAACACUUUCAGGCUUGUUCCAGGGGCCUCGACUCUGCUCUCUUCCUGGAGGUCAGCUACGUGGAGUACAACCAGAUUGGGCGCAAGAUCAUUGACAAGGUCCGAGCCCGCACGCAACACCCAAUCAAACCCCUCCGUUCCCAGAGCGUCGAGCUGUCCUGCGCCUUCCCGUUCACGGAGAAAGACUUUAUACGAGUGGCUUUGGAGUCUCCUCACACAGCGCAGGAAGUGAAGAGCUCUGGGCCGCUUUACCUCUCACGUAUCUUCUCCUAUAAACUGCUGGUGGAAAACGCCAACGCUUAUAAGAGUGGCUGUGAAGGGACAAUGACUGUUAAACUCAUAACCCCACCGUGUGCCCAUAUCAAUGGGAAGGUGUUGCUGUAUAAGGAUGGAGGUGUUGGGAGAGGGGUUGCUGUUUCCUCACUUGUAACAAACCUGAUGGGGUUUGGUCCAGAGGAGCCCUCCUCUCCUCCACUGGCCUUUAACUGGCUGACGCACGGAGAGGAUGAGACAGAGUUCAACUGCUCUGUGUUUGAACCAGGAAGGAAUAAAUACUGCUUCCGCUUUGUUUUCAACUUCAGCCGCUCCCCUAGUCCAGCACAGACCUGCUUGGUGGUGCACAAGAGGGCAGAGUCGUGGGGACCCUGGCAGCCAUGGAGUGUGUGCAGUGUGAGCUGUGGAGACGGGGUGAGGGAACGAGUGCGGAAGUGUUUGCUGCCCUCAAGUGUCGGAGGGAUGCAGUGCACCGGCAUGGUGAAGGAACAGUCCCUUUGCUCACUGGAGGACUGUGUUGCUUUGCUCGAUCCUUCCCCAUCCCUCUCCCCUAAAGCUGUUGGAGCUGCAACCUUUGGCAGUAACGUGGUCGUUGUGGUUGGUAUCUCCCUCUGCCUGACUGUGAUUCUCUGCACUGUUGUGGUGGCGAUUUGGAGAAAAUUUUGCCAGACCCCUCAGUGCAGCGCUGUCCGCAGGGGCUCCAUGCAUUCCCCUGGGGGCCGCAAGCUGUCCGAUGAGAACUCUAUCUGUGGACACAGCCUCCAAAGACCCAGCCUCACCGACGGCCAAGGCCCACAAGGGAGCAUGGGUGUGGGUGCAGCCCAGAAAGUGAGGCCUUCCUUGGGCAGUGCGCCUCUGUCACAGACCCUGGUUAUGACGCCCUCACAGGAUCCAGAUAGGCUGUCUCCCACUGGUCAAAAGGUGUUGCCGCCAGUAUUUGGGUACCGCUUGGCUCAGCAGCAGCUGAAAGAAAUGAAAAAGAAGGGGUUGAAGGAGGCCAUCCAGCUGUACCAUGUCUCUUCAAGCCCAGUCCAUGACACCUUGGUUGAGGCAUCUGCUUUACCCACCAACUCCCCGAUUCCUUCACCAACUGGAUUGGUUCAUUCCGGUCUUCCAUCGGGCCUCCAGGCCGACACCAACCACAACCACUACAGUAUCGCAGCACCCUUCUCUGAGCCACCGCUGCAGAUUUCGAGGGUCACACCGGACAGACUGAGCCCCAGAGUGGACCUAGUCUUAGGUGCUGCUCUCUCUACAAGUGGGAGCAGCUCAAAAUGGCGUGAGCGCACUGCCCACUGGGUGGAGAUGGUGGACAGGAGCGGGUUAGCAGGCCACAGAGGCGAAGGAGGAGGAGGAGGAGAUGCAGGAAUGGGAAAUCACAAUUAUCCAAAUUUCAGGCGCACCGCCAGUUUCAAUGACACCAAACCCCAGACUCCGUCCUCAGCACAGUCCAGAAACUUCAGAGAACGGAGCAUGACCCACGUGGGAUCUCGCACCCAGCCUGAAGGAAGUUGUUUGACCAAAGGAGGAUGGGAGAGGCAGCCGUACCACGCUUACCCCAUUCCAGAGCAUGGGACUCCAGAGUUGACUAGACCCGGACCCCAGAGGAAUGACCAGAGGAAGCCCUGGUUAGAGACCGCUGCUCCCUCUCGCAACAGUGAGCUCAAACACACAGGGGCCAACCCAAACAACAUUUCAGCAUCUGAGAAAGAUGGUAGAGGACGCGCCAUUGGCACUGCUGAAAGGCAAUGGAGCGGUGGGCCUGUAAGUGGAGGUAAAGAGGGAUUGUCAGGGAUCGGGGGUCUGGCUGCAGGGCCUGCAGGUUCUCAUGGAGUGAACCAGUUGAGUAUUGAGCAGGCUGAGAUCAACUGGAACCGUCGUGGCCCGUCGCCCAUCCAGAGGAACAUCCUGGCCCGCAAAUUAAAGGAGGCUCAGUCCUGCUCAGGGAUCAAUGGUCGGCAGAGGAGCUCCACCUUUAGCGCACCGUCGUCUAACCAGAGGAAAGGUCGCUGCCACUCUCUGCAGAUGUCUGGAGGCUACAGCAACACUGACGACUCCCCCUACAGGCUGAGCGAAAAAGAGCAGAGGAUGCUGGACCUUGAUCUGUCCUCGUCGUAGAUCACACUGGUUUAUUGUAUGAUUCUAUUUACAUGUAUUCCUCAUGUAAAUCCUGUUCUGUUACAAUAUAUUGGCUAAGAGUGUUCUGUUUAUUAAGCUUUAUGGUUGUUACUUCUCUAUAAGAA